AUGGUAGAAAAACUUGAAAACACCAGUAAAAAACUGGAUCCAGAAAUCGACAUCAACAAUGCAAAGUUAAUAACAGACAAGCAUCACCUCGAAGUGGAAAAAGGACAGGCAUACAAAGACAAGAAAACUCUAAAGAAUGUCCUCAGCUACUACGCAAUCAAAAAUAACUUUCAGUACAAAGUGUGGAAGUCCUGCUCUCAAGAGUACAGUCUGAAAUGUGUUUACGAAAGCUGCAAUUGGUCUCAACGAGCAUCGAGAAAUGGCCCAACAAACACAUUCAUAAUCAAGAGGUUCUCAAAAAUUCACACAUGCCCCAUAAAUAUUAGGCAUGAAGACCAAAGGCAAGCAACAUCGAAACUGAUCGGGGAAUGCAUAAAACUGAAGUUUUUGAACAUAAAGACAAAGGCAACACCGAUGGACAUGAAAGGAGAGUUGAAAUACAGGUAUGACAUCAAGAUGAACUACAUGAAAGCUUGGAGAAGUAAGGAACAUGCAGUAAAUGACUUAAGAGGAAACGCUAGUGACUUGUACAGCCUAAUACCGAGUUUCUUACACAUGAUGGAAAAAACAAACCCAGGAUCAGUUGUGGAUCUGAAAACAACAGAAGACAACAACUUGCUCUUUGUUUUCAUGGCGUUGGACGCAUCCAUAAAAGGGUGGGGAACAUGCAGACCGAUAGUUGUGGUGGACGGAACAUUCCUCAAAGUAGCUUAUGGGGGAACUUUGUUGUGCGCAUGCACACAAGAUGCAGCAGGUCAUAUUUUUCCACUAGUGUUUUGUGUUGCAGAUUCUGAGAAUGACCAAUCUUGGAAAUGGUUCUUCAAAAAAUUUAAAGAAGUGUAUGGGGUCCGGGAACACCAAUGCCUAAUUUCAGACAGGAAUGAAAGCCCCAUCAAAGCAGCAAGAGAAAUCUAUCCAGAAAUUACACACAGUUACUGCGGGUACCACAUUUUGAGCAACCUUAAAACAAGCUUCAAACAACAUGCUGCCAAAUACAAUCUGCCAUUCUUUGGAGCAGUCAAAGCCUACACAGAAAAGCAAUUCGAGUUCCACAUGGCUGAAUUGGAUGGAUUGGACAAACGCAUAAGACCUUACCUAAAAAAAGUCAGUUAUGAAAAGUGGUCAAGAAUUCAUAGCCAAAACAAGAGGUAUUCUACAAUGACCUCAAACAUAUCAGAAUCACUGAACGCUGCAAAUCUAGCAGCAAGGGAGCUACCAAUUACAACCCUGCUAGAAUGCUUGAGAGCAUUGGUGCAACAAUGGACACAUACUAAUAGGACAAAAGCACACAACACCUUUACUAAGCUAUCACCAGCUGGAGAAGACAUACUGCUGAAAAAUUACACAUACUCAUUGAAUCUGGAGUGUUGCUGUUAA